CCCGCUGGCACCGAGGAGUGCACAGCAUGGAGAGCCUAGUAGCAGCAGUCACACGCAAUGGCUGGCAGAGAACCUCUGAACCCGUAUGCUAUCCAGAGAGGUCUAAGGGGAAGUGGCGGCUACGGCUCAUGUUCACAAGCCGGAAAGGAGACAGGGCAACGAAGAAGUACGGCCCCUUGUGCAACACAGAGCAGGAAGCGCUUUGUGGCAGCCUUGCCUUCAGGUACAGCUGGGAGGGCAGCCAACGUGGUCAGCCCUGCGAGGUCAGCAAGGAGAAUCUAGUCCCACCUGUUGCAGCGGGCUGGACUUACGUCGAUGCAAAACAACGAAUAACAAUGUGCCGCACUGCCUCGUGCUUCAAACUCCCAACCGCCGCUCAAGCAGGAAAAUCGCUCAACAGCCUCGGGAUCAUCGGCCGACCACAGGAACGGCAGUUCAAGCGACAGCGGCGGGCUGGCUCCGACGCGACCCGCGCGGAAUUUGCGAUGCAGCAGAUGCUCACCAGCCGCGAAAAACGCUCGAUAGAGCGGGGUUGGAGAAGGAGAGACAGAAAGCUUCGAAAGGCCUUCGAUCAACGUGGAGCCUACCUCGGCGGCCGGAUCAAAGACUUGACGGCAAACGUUGCAGCCAACGAGCAACACAUCAAGCGUCUCCAGGACGCCCUCCGGACUGGCCACCUCCCCAGCCUUCUCCUCCCCCUCCCCCUCCCUUCCGUGGAGGACGGUGAGAACGCGGGCGAUAGGACGUGGGCCGAGGACACGGGAAAACCGCCGGAGGAAAAAGUAGCCGAGAAGCAGAUAAUCCGGUUGUGGCAGCAAGCGUACUCAUCGUUGGAGGUGCUGAAAGAGGAGCGGGAGCGCGACGUCAAGCAGCUGGAGCUCACGCGGAAGGCGAACGAGGUUUUGUCCGGCUGCAAGCAUGCAACGGAUGCCGCCGUGAAGGAAGCCGAUGCCGAACGGUUUGACCUGCUCAACGAGGCGUCGUUGGUUCGGCACGAGGCUUCGCUCCUGCGGAUGGCGGCAAAGGUAGCAGGUUCUAGUCCGCAGGCUUAUGCGCCAUCAACGAUCCUGAGGUGGCUCAGAGACUUUCGGAAGGAAGGUGGUUUCAGGCGGGAUGCACGGGGUGCGCACGAGCCGGACUGGAUCAUGUCAGAGGAGGAUCUGAAGAGUGCGUUGCUGGCGUGGAUGAUAUCACAACCGCGUUUCACCAUCAAGGACGUCUGCAAGUACAUCAACGGGCCUCUGCUCCAAGACGACAAGGAGGAUCUUUCCAGGCUCCAUGCGUACCAGGUGAACCUUCCGGUUUCGAUGUCCACGACGCACUCGUGGAUGAUAAGGUUGGGUUGCAGGUACGAGCGGGCCACCAAGUCGUUCUACACGGACACCCACGAGAAGAAGGAGGUAGUCGAGUACCGCGGCGAGUACAUAGAGAAGAGACGCAAGAUGGCGCUGCGUCAACCCUUGUGGGUACGAGUGCAACGAGCCGCUCUCAAGCAGGAGGAGGUGGACCGACUCGACAGCCUUAAGUCGCGAGGCCCGGAAGGAGAUUUCUACGCAGAGGCGUACGACUGCAAGAUCGAUGGACAAGACUGCAUCGAAUUCCACGUAGAUCUCCUGCGCGACGACGGCUCCGUCGAUAACUUCGACAAGCUCCGCGCCGCACUUGGUCCAGAGGGUGGGGACUACAGCGUUCGCUUCGAUCAGGCCGCUGCUGCCCAGUGCGAGCAUUUCCACCCCCCGAACAAGUGCAGAUGCGGCAAGAAGGUGCACCACAUCGGGCAGGACGAGAGUGCCUACAAGGCGUAUGCACGCGAGGGCAAAGAGUGGGUGAUUCGAGGGGUGCGCGGACUGCGGAAAAAGACGGAGGGGCCGGGGGAAAUGGUGUCUGGUUUUCAGGACGAAAGACACGGUUUCGGCUUACCUAUUUCGGAUGCCGACCUGGCGGCGGUGAACGCCAAACGCGAUGAGGAGGGGAACGGCAAAAAAACCCUGACGCGAAGCCCUGGACUCCGGUUUCUUGAAUACGGAAAAGGCAAGGAUGGGUACUGGGGCUACGACCAGUUCGAAGAACAGGUCGAAGACGUGAUGGACGUCUUGGAGCACAUCGAUCCCGACAUGCAAAUAGUGUUCGAGGUCGACCACUCGUCGGGCCAUGGGAAGCAGCGAGAGGAUGGUUUGCAUGUAUCGAACAUGAACGUCAAGUAUGGGGGGAAGCAAAAGGUGUUGCGGGAUUCGGUCAUGACGGAGGAGUGCUUGGGUCCGGAGGAGGCGAAAAUGUAUUUCGCCAACGGCAGGUGGAGCACGAAGUUCAGCGAGGGGGCAGUGUGUGUUGACCAGAAGCUGACGGUGGGCCAGACUCAGACUAGCACUUUCGCGGUAGGUGCGCCUCCUCCGUUUUUCGAAUGGGAUGCUCCGCGCAAAGACAAGAAGAACGCGAAGGGGAAGGUCAAGGAAGGGUACGAGGGGAAAGCGAAAGGGGUCAGGCAGUACCUGUGGGAGCGUGGGUGGUGGAAGGACGGCAUGUCAACAGGGGCGGGAGUCAGUGACGAUAUGCACGUGGAAAAGGUUCUGCAAGCCUUGCCUGACUUUAAGAAUGAGAGGACAGCCCUGCAGCACCUGGUAGAGAGUAGGGGACACAUUCUUUUGUCGUCUCCGAAGUGUCACCCGGAGGUAGCGGGGGUAGGGAUCGAGUACUCGUGGGGGUUUUCCAAGCAGAAGUUUCGGCGGAAGAUCAAUGAUGAGGUCCCGAAGCACUUGCACGACAACAUCGAAAAGUCGCUGUGCAUAGACAAGUACUUGACAAUCGGUCGGGUGCGGCGCUUUGCCCGGCGAACACGAGACUACUGCCGGGCUUACCGCGAGAUUGCGCUUCGCGGGGUAGUCAUCAGGAACAAGGAGUUCAUCGAGAACAUGCGCAAGGUCCAAAAGGCCCACCGCAACAUUUUGGACAUGGAAACUAGUUUUCUUGGCGACCAGUAACAACGUCGGCCGGCCGAUGGCGAGGGGG